AUGAAGAGCGGAGGGAAGUUCGCCUCAGAGAUCCAUCACUCUAGGUCCUCUUCCUCCGAGCAACAUGGUGAGAAAUCAGUCAACAGAGAUGAACAGGAAAUGGCCAAGUUGGGAAAGCGCCAGGAACUGAGGCGUAACUUUGGCUUCAUGAGCAUGCUCGGUUUCUCCUGCACCCUGAUGAUAACCUGGGAAGGACUGUUGACGGUCUUCGUGUAUGGAUUGACGGAUGGAGGACCAGCUGGCCUUGUGUAUGGGUAUCUCUUCUGUUGGGUCGGAUACUUCACGGUCGUUGCCUCACUUGCUGAAAUGGUCUCAAUGGCACCGACUGCUGGCGGACAAUACCACUGGACGUUCCUUUUUGCCCCAAAGUCUUGCCGCAACUUUCUUUCGUUCAUUACGGGCUGGCAAUCCGUUCUCUCGUGGCAGGCUUGUCUCGCGUCGGCGGCCUAUCUCGGCGGUACCAUCAUCCAAGGCCUCCUCGUUCUGAAUUACCCCAGUUAUGAUUUCCAGAGAUGGCACGGGACACUUCUCCUGUAUUCUGUCAUCUUCCUGGCAAUGCUCUUCAACACAUACCUCGCCAAGCAGCUCCCGAAGGUCGAAGGGGCGGUGCUGAUCGUCCACAUAGUGGGGUUUUUUGGAGUGCUGAUCACGCUGGUGUACCUGGCACCUCACGGCACCGCGCACGACGUAUUUGUCCAGUAUCUCGCCAAUGGGGGAUAUGACAAAGGGACUUCCUUCUUCGUGGGACUCAUCACCACCGUUUUCGCCUUCAUCGGAGCCGAUGGCGCUAUUCACAUGAGCGAGGAAAUCAAAAAUGCGUCAACGGUGGUGCCUCAGUCUUUGGUGGCAUCCAUCGCUCUCAAUGGCAUGAUGGGUUUCGCCAUGCUGAUUGCGAUUCUGUUCUGUAUCGGCAACAUCGACAAUGCGCUCUCAAGCGCCACAGGGUUCCCCUUUAUCGAAAUCUUCAAGCAGGCUGUUAAAUCGAAUGGUGGAGCGACUGCCUUGACCUCCAUCGUCCUGUCGUUGAUGAUUUUUGCCACCAUUGCGGUUUUAGCUGCGGCAUCCAGAAUGACGUGGGCUUUUUCUCGCGAUAACGGUCUUCCUGGAUCUCGAUUCAUCUCUCAGGUCGAGCCUCGAACCAAGCUCCCAUUGUAUUCGGUCGCUCUGUCUGUUCUGAUCACACUGUUGCUGGGAUUGAUCAACAUUGGAUCAUCGGCUGCUUUCAAUGCCGUCGCCUCGUUGGUCGUGUCUGGCUAUCUCGGCAGUUACACCAUACCAAUCAUCCUGAUCCUGCACAAGAAGAUAUACAAUCCUUCAUCCAUCCACUAUGGUCCUUGGACGUUGGGGCGCGGAUUUGGCAUCUUCUGCAACGCUUUUGGACUGUUGUGGAUUGCCAUCGUCAUGACCUUCAGUUUUUUCCCAUCUGUACGGACUAAUUUGACACUUGAAACCAUGAACUGGUCAUGCCUGUUAUGGGGUGGAACCAUGAUCAUUGGCGUGGUCAGCUAUUUCGGAUACCUCCGGGGCCGAUACAACGGCCCUAUUGUCGAGACAGACAUCAUCGAACAGGUUGUUCAUGGGGUUUGA